AUGGAAAGUAUUAGUGGUUUAUCUGGAAGUCAACCUGAGGUGGAAGCCACAGUUGUAGAGACAAAUACAUCUCAGUCUCAGCAGCCUUUGCCUCCACUUGUUCCUAAGAAAAGGAAAGUGGUUGAGACCAGAUCUCCUGUACGGGAUCACUUUGAAAAGAUCAAAGGCUCUGAGGGCAUUGUUGUCAAGGGAAAAUGUUUAUACUGUGUUAGGGUGUAUUGUAGUGAAUCCAAGAAACAUGGGACUUCUUAUCUCAGACUUCAUGUGGUAAACUGCCUUAAAAUCCUCACUCUAAGGAUACAAGGCAGUCCUUGCUUACUUUCCAACGUGAACCUUCUUCUGUUGGAACUGAAAGCAGUGAAGGAUCAGAAGGGGAUAGUUGAGGGACAGGGGUUUAGAAAGUUUGUGUUUGUUUGUUGUCCUAGGUUUAAAAUCCCUUCAAGAUGGACUAUCAGUAGGGACAUUUUUAAGAUUUUUUCUGAUGAGAGGCUCAACUUGAAGAAGUUCUUUAGGACUAGUAGUCAGAGGGGUGAAAGUAUUGCAAAGGCUUUAGAAAGUUGUCUUAUGGACUGGGGUCUAAAAUCAGUUUUCAGUGUCACAGUUGAUAAUGCCUCUAGAAAUGAUACUGCCCUAGGAUUCUUAAAGAAAAAGUUUGUGUCAUGGGGUUGUACUGCUGUUAGGAGUAAGUACUUGCACAUGAGGUGCAUUGCUCACAUCAUUAACUUGGUGGUACAGGAUGGGUUGAAAGAAUCUGAUAGUGCUGUUAAAAAAGUGAGGGAUUCUGUUAGGUAUGUGAGAAGCUCACCUGCUAGGCUUCAAAGGUUUAGGGAGCUAGCUGAUGUAAUGGGGGUGGAAGCCAAGAAGUCUUUGUGUCUUGAUGUUCCUACAAGGGGAACUCCACCUAUAUGA